GCAGUUGACUUUACAAACAACGCAACACAAACACAACUCCAGAAAAACAAACUGAGCAGAAAUGAACUCAACGCAGCUUCCACAGACGCGUGGGCGCGUGUUAUCCCCAUCCGAGAUGACCAAAUCCCGACCCGGCGCAGGAGAUCUUGAAUCUUCUUUAAUCCAAAUUUACCACUAUCACCAUCAGACUUCACUCCAGCUCCGGGAUCAGGCCGAGAAAGCGAAGAAAGAUGCGAUUAGGAAGGCGGGGAGAGUGUCGGAUUUGUUGGUGGAGGUCGUGAAUGGCGGUGUGCAAGAGCCGUUUAUAAACGAGAAGCGAAUCGAGGCGAAAGUUCGUGCUUUGGCUUCAACCAUUGCUUGUUUCAUGAAGCAGACCGAUCAAUGGCUUGCUGCUUCUCACGACAUUAACACUGCUGUUAAGGAAAUUGGAGACUUCGAGAACUGGAUGAAGAGCAUGGAUUUUGAUUGUAAGAGUAUCAACGCGGCAAUUCGCAACAUCCAUCAACGAUGACAUAA